UCACACGGCAACAUCUGCAGUCAAAGCUCAACACGGCACAACAAGACUCAGAGCACAGGACACCUGCACGGCUGAGAGUCAGAUUCGCAAGCGCUGUCUGCAAAACACACACUGUAAUUUACAAAUUAACUGUGCAGGGGAACUCUGUACUUCUGUGUUAUUAAACUCAGGUAUUUUCUACAAAAAAAAAAAAAAAAGACUUUUACCUGGUGAAACAACAGGUAUGUCCAUUUAGAAAACAAGCACCUUUUUAUAAAACAAACUUUUUUUUCUCUUUUUUUCUUGCCUUUUAUAUGGACAGCAAUAAGACACGACUGGAUGAUUACAGUACACAUGUAUACAAAUCAAGAAACGGUCAUAUUUUGAAGCGGAUUUUAUACUUUUCUAUUGAGUUCUAAAGAAUAAUUUUGAGAACAUUUAUUUUGUGGACGUAUGGAGCGCGUGUAAUUGAUGGUUGGAGUUGAAUGACAGUUUUUUUCCCCCCCGACCUAAAAUGCUAAAAAGCGGCAUGGGACCAUCAAGCCGGAUUUAAUGUUGACACCGGCUGCAAACUUCUUUUGGAUUAAAAUCCACCAGAGGACAGCGCACCCAUUCAAUUUACCUCCGAGCGAGAAACAGCGUCUCUGAUCUACAAAUCAGUUCUAAUUGAAUUCUACCUGUGGAUGUCUGUCUUAUUAUAAAUGUACAGUCAAUCUUGCGAACUGAAAUCGAGGCGGCACGAUGCAUUUGCGAGCAUUGCUCGUGUCUUUCACUUGCUUCCUGACGUUUGCUGGCUCACAGGGGGACAAGAUUCCCGAGGCGAUAGUUCGGAAACUCCGAAGCAGCGCGAUCCAUUCCAUCCAGGAUCUGCAGCGUCUCUUGCAGAUAGACUCCGUAGAAGAAGAUUCACUGCCUGACCAGGCUGUGCCAUUCAGAAGGCAGCUGAGAUCCAAUUCCAGCUUGAGUAGAGUGAUGCGCAGCCUACAGGGCCUGGCGGUGGAAGCUGAUAUGGCCGUGCCUGCGCAGUGCCAGCCUCGCACCGAGGUCCUGGAGCUCACCAGAGGCAUGGUGGACCGCAGCAACACCAACUUCCUGGUGUGGCCGCUCUGCGUAGAGGUGCAGCGCUGCUCAGGGUGCUGCAACACCCACAGCAUGCACUGCAGACCCACCCGAGUGCAACCACGCCACCUACAGGUGGUGAAGAUUGAAUAUGUGCAGAAGAAAGCUCGCCAUGGGAAGGCGCUGGUCACUGUGGAGGACCACCUGGAGUGCCGGUGUGAGGCCGUCGCCCCCCAGCGCUCGGCACAGCACUCCAAACACAAACCAGCAGUCACGCCGGUCCCUGCAAUGACACCCCCUAGAGUCACGCAGCCCCGAUCGAAGCAGCUGCUCAGGAGGAAACACCGCAAGUUAAAACACAUCUCCCAGAAGGCAGCACUGAAAGAGCUGCUCCCCAGAUAGAAGAGCCAGGGCCAUUGGCUCUGGUGACUUUCCUUCAGUGUGACCUAUCUGGAUGGGGUCCUUGAAUAUUCAGCCGUCUGAAGGACUACCUGGGAUGAAAAACCUGGUGCUUCCUUCCUUGUAUUAUUAUUAUUAUUAUUAUUAUUAUUAUUAUUAUUAUUAUUAUUAUUAUUAUUAUUAUUAUUACAUUUGUGCAAUUGUUUCAGUGGAUACAAAUUAAUAAAAGACUUUUUGUUCAGCUUUGCUACAUCCAGAGCAAAAAUGCACUAAAGAUAAAUAUUAAAAAAAGAUAGUUGUGCUGACUUCCCUUGAACACAGAGGACCAAAGAACUUCAAAUCCCAUCAGCCUUUGUGGUAGCACAGCUCAAUUUCCUGUUAAAGCAAGCUGAUUGGACAACGGCAGUUGACUAAAAAGUACCGCCUAAAAUUACAGGACAGCUCACUUUGAAAAGAAUGAACCACUUUCUCAGAAGAAUGGACUAUGAAUUGGAGAAACUGCUGGAAAUGAUCAAGCAACAACAAUAGGAUAUUUCCGAUUUCUAUUGAGAGAAAUAAAAUGACUUUAUGAGUGAUCAGACAAAUGUUUUUUUUUCUUUUCUACAUUCCUUACUCAUGGACUGGAAAGGACACUUGGAGCCAGUGUAACGGAAAUGUCUUGCCUGUAACAUCUUUAAAACAAAUAUUGAUGUCCUUGCUUUUCAAAUAAAGCUAUGAAUCAUCUGUGAAGCCCCUGAGUUGUGAAAUCUGCGUUGAUUCUUGUGAAAACGGACAUCCUUGAAUACAAGAUUUCCUGUUUUUUUUAUGUUGUGUGAUUUAAGGAACUUGCAAUGUUGAAUCAGCCAUUUUAAUCAAGUUUCACCAAGAACUGUGAUUCAGAAUGGAGCGGAACACCCCCGUAAGCACCUUCAUUUCACUCGUCAGUCCUGCCCCAUCAGAAAGCCCCUUGGAUUGGAUUGGAUUGAAUCAUUAAACAGUAUUAAACACUCUUUAAGGGAACUGAUCCGAUUAAGCAAAAGAGGCCCAUCAAAUUCAAGACAAAAAACGUGAAACAUUUUUUAACGGACAAAACAUUUAUUUGAAGUAUGCCACUAAGAUUUGUUUCAGUGUCUUGUUUUUUAGCCAUAAUACUUUCUAAAGAGGACUUCAAGCAAUAAAAUAAUUUGGCAUCUCCCCUUUUUAAUGAAAAUCAAGCGGUUAUAAAACUAGUAAGCAACUGCAGCCUAUUAUUGGUUUAUUAGUUCUGUGCACCAGUAACCAAGCUAAAUGUGUUUCCUUGUCUCUUUUAAGCAAUAUGACCAUUGGUGCCCCUUCAGAUAAGUAACUAACCAAGGCUUUAUAAUCCAAUUUCUUACCUCUUAUUAGCAUUAGCAACAUUGUCACUGGCCCCCGUUCAAAAGAGACCCCUACAUACACUGUGUGUAUUACCAAGUUACUGGCUUGUGCGAUUGUAUAGUUCAGAGUUUGGUAAGGCAAUGGCAGAUUGUAUGCAAGCUUUGUAGCACAUUUGUACUUUUCAGGUCUGCUUGCAGAAGCAGUUGUAAACUACUGAGAAUAUUUUAUGUUUCCUGGUGAACUGGAAACCAUUUUCUAUUGUUAUUUUUUUCCUCUGUCAUAUUUAAAUUAUUUAAAGGGGUCUUUUUCCCCCCUGUUCUGAAAUGUAAUUAUGGCUAAUUUUUUUUUUUAUUUUUAUUUUUUAACAAAUAUAUAACAUUUAAAAAAAAAAGUAAAUAAAUGAACUU